AUGUGUUGCUGCAUGUACUGUCACCUUCACCCUUCAUUCCCUCCACUUCGUUGGGUCAACAUCCGCGAUCUGGGAUCUGUUCCCGGCUCUGCCAUCUGUUCGGAGUCCAUCUACCGCUGCGGUGCCCUUGAGGUAGCCACCGAGGACCCUGAGGCCAUUGAAUGGUUGGCCACCAAGGUCAAACCCAUCUUCGACAUACGAUCUCCCAGGGAGCGCAAGCACCAUCCAGCCCCCAAGGUCAAAGUGGUCGCCAACUCAUAG